CUAUUUUCUAUAGUCUCUUCAAUAUAUAAUACCCAAAACCCAUACUCAAUUUUCAUAUCAAACAACCUGGAGAAUUGAGAGAGAGAGUCUCCUCCACUUCUUAAGGUUUGCUUUAUAGAAGAACUUGGUCUUAUACAAGGGAAGGGAAAACAGAGCAAAACUAUGGCUCUCUCUAUUAGCUUUCUCAUGAUUCUUUCACUUUUUGCCUCUGCUUCACUAUGUUUCUCCCAGAAGAGCAAUGGUGGUUACCUCUAUCCACAGUUCUAUGACCUCUCGUGCCCGAAAGCCCAGGAGAUUGUGAAGUCGGUAGUAGCACAGGCUGUUGCAAAAGAGACUCGAAUGGCUGCUUCAUUGCUCAGACUACAUUUCCAUGACUGUUUUGUUAAGGGCUGUGAUGGAUCCCUUCUGUUGGAUAGCAUUGGUACCAUUAUAAGUGAGAAGACAUCAAAUCCAAACAGGAACUCAACAAGAGGGUUUGAAGUCAUUGAUGAGAUAAAAUCAGCUCUGGAGAAAGAAUGCCCAGAAACUGUGUCCUGUGCUGAUAUCUUGGCUCUUGCUGCUAGAGAUUCCACUGUCCUGACUGGUGGUCCUACCUGGGAAGUACCAUUGGGAAGAAGAGACUCUAGAGGUGCAAGCGUAAGUGGUUCUAACCACAACAUUCCUGCACCAAACAACACAUUCCGGACAAUCCUUACUAAAUUCAAACUCCAGGGGCUUCACAUUGUUGAUCUUGUUGCACUCUCUGGAAGCCACACGAUUGGAAAUUCAAGAUGCACUAGCUUCAGGCAAAGGCUCUAUAACCAGACGGGCAACGCUCAGCCCGACUACUCGCUUGACCAAUCGUACGCCUCACAAUUGCGAACCGGGUGUCCAAGAUCUGGUGGUGACCAGAAUCUGUUUUUCUUGGACUAUGUCAGCCCAACAAAGUUUGAUAAUUACUACUUCAAAAAUUUAUUGGCUUACACGGGCCUGCUAAGUUCUGAUGAAGUUCUGUUUACAAAGAACAAAGAAUCAAUGGAGUUGGUGAAGCAAUAUGCAGAGAACAAUGAACUUUUCUUCGAGCAAUUCGCAAAAUCUAUGAUUAAGAUGGGAAGCAUCUCUCCAUUGACAGGUUCGAGGGGAGAGAUUCGAAAGAACUGCAGGAUGAUCAACAGUCACUAAGAAAUAGCAGAACUAAAGACUCUCUCUCUCUCUCU